AGGGUUCUGAUCAAACAGGAAAGGAGAAAGCAAAAGGAAUAUUUUGAAAAGAACAGGUUAAAAUCAAAAAUGAAGUUACUGGGAGUUUUAUCCCCUGUGAAAAAUUCCACUGUCAGUUUAGACCUUCUUAACCUAUAUAUGGUAAAUCAGAUAUCUUGCAAGAAGAAAACACAUGAAGCUGUGAGAAAACCAGUCCAUGUGAAUAUGAAUAGAGAUAUAAAAAUGCCCCUAAGAAAUCACGAUUUAGAACUUCCAGUGUCGCCUCACUGUAUACCUUCUAAACUCUGCCUUGAUGAUACAGAAGACAAAAUAAACUCUCAAAGACUAGGUAGUGAAGAAGAACCUGGCCCUGUUCAGUCAUCACAAGUCAUGGACUUAUAUAAUAUGUCUGAACCUCAGUUCAACAGAAUAGAAAAUUGUAGUUUCACUCCACCAUCCUUUUCAGCAGAAUUAUCUUCAUUUUCUAGCAGACAUAUUCCAAAACUAAAUUUAACUCCCAGAAUAACACCUAGUACUCAGAAAGUUGCAUAUGAAUAAAAGCAGGAUGAGCAGAGACUUAAUGUAAACAGUUCUGAUUCAUUGGUUUCCACAUUAAAUAAGAGUGAGAGUAUUUUCAGUCCAUCAUAUGAUAUAGCACAAUUUGGAACAUCAUUUGAAAGAUUAAACAGUCCAGGAAAUAGGACUUUGCUUGCUAAAAGACCUGCUGUAAUUAUGGGUGAAGACAGUGGAAACACGGGUGAAAGAAGACAGGUGGACUUCAUUACUGGACAACAAUCAGUACAACGUAUUUGGGAAAAAGGUGGAAAAGAGGUUUCAAAUUUUCUUGAUGAUUUAAAUCAGCCAACUCCUAGCCUUCUGUCAGAGAAGUGUGACUCUUUCGUUAGUCAAAAUAUGAUCAAUUUAUUAAGCAUAGAUCAACAAAGGAUAAAGAAAACGUUUGACGAGUGUGAUUAUGAUAGUAUGGGAGAUGUUUGUGUAGCCACUGAUAGAUGCAUUAGAGACAUUUUUACAGUUCCAGAGUUUACUUUUAGUAAUUCAACUUUUAAUAAAACAAGUUAUCCAGAAAAACAUCAGCUAACCAAGAACAAUCAGAAAGAGUACAACAAUAAUGAAAGAAAUGAUCUUAGUACACCUGUCGGGAAGCAUUAUGACCCAACUAACCCUGAAAAAAAAGAAAAACUUGAAGAUGCAUACCAAGAGAAGACACUAAAGAAAAAUAUCCGGAAUUAUCCAGUGAAUUCUAUGGGUAACAUCCCUUUGGAAGAAUUGCACUCUAAGCAAUCAUGGGACUUUGGAGUUGGUGAGAAUCUGGUGGAAGGAGGAAAAUGUUCUUUAAAAGGCAUGCCAACAUCUACAAAGAAAAUAUGUCUUUAUUCUUCACAGAGUAGUCUGUCUACCAGUUACUCUCCAAGGACAACAGAUAGUUAUUUCAGUUCUAGUUCAGAGAUGGUAUCUGAAGAAGAAGGUCAAAUAUCACAGAAAAUGGAAGAUUCAAAUAGGAUAUUCCUUGAAACCAAAGAAGCAACUAAUAAUUUUUAUCUAGAAAGGAUGGAAGAACUUUCAAAUGAUAGAAUUGUUAAAAACAAUGCCAAAAUGGAUAAACAGACCAAGAAUUUUCACCAGUUCUCAGUGAAAAAUAAUACAGAUCAGUCUUCCCAGUCUCAGUGUGAUUCAGCAUACGUAUUGCAGAGCAAAACCAAUGACUGUCUGCAGGUUGCAAGCUGUGAUGUAGGGGUACAAACAGAGAGUGAACCUGUAGUGGAAGAAAAAUUAGAUGCUGCUGUACAGUGUAAUAUAAUUUCAAAAUGUGCUUGUAGCAGUGAUAUUUCUCUUUGCAAUAAAGAAAUGUGCAGUGAAAAUAUUAAGGCAAAUACCACUGGGGGGCAGGAAAUCCUCACAAACAACUAG